AUGCCACCACCCAAGCUGAGCAAGAAGCUCGCGUCAAUCCAAGGGGUUCGACUUUUUGGAUCCUCGUCCACCUGGGACAUCAACAUUCAGUACUCGCCCGACUCCCCUCGGGGCACGAUCGCAUCAGCUACCCCGCACGACAGGUCCUCUGCUGAUGACACUGCGCAAGCGCCGCUGGCUCUGCCAGCCUUGACUCACCCACACAUCCACCUGGACAAAGCAUUCGUCCACAGUGAGCGCGAAUAUGCAGACCUUCUUCCCUCCACUGGCUCCUUCCAGGAAGCAUUGUCUUUCACCACAAAGGCCAAACAGCAGUUCUCCCUCCCCGAUCUUCUCAAACGAGGAGAAUGGCUGCUGGCCGAAUCAGUUGCAUCGGGAGUGACGGCCAUGAGGGCGUUUGUGGAGGUCGAUCAUACGGUUAAGCUGGUUUGUGUGGAUGCGGCGGUGGCAUUGAAAAAGCAAUGGAGCGACGUCUGCGAGAUCCAGAUCGCGUGCUUCGCGCAAGAUCCGAUAUUCUCCACGGAACAUGGAGAAGAGAACAUUAGCUUCAUUGAAGCGGCGCUCGAGCAAUAUCCUCAAAUCGACGUUAUUGGAACGACGCCUUACGUGGAAGCCAGUGUCGAGGCGGCAAAAAGGAAUAUCGAAUGGGCGAUCGACCGCGCCAUGCAACUUGACAAACAUCUUGACUUUCAUCUUGACUACAGCCUUGACCAUGGCAAGAGCCCCUUGCUUUGGCAUGUCUUGACAACCCUUCAACAACGCGGCUGGACAGCAUCCUCGAUGACGAAGCGAGUGAUGCUCGGACACUGUACACAGCUUACUCUUCUCACUGACGAGGAGUGGAAUCAAGUCUCUCGCAUUAUCCAUGAGAACAAUCUCUCAGUGAGUUUUGUCGGCCUACCGACCAGUGACAUGUACAUGGCAUCGCCGCUGAACCGGGAGAAUCUCCACAGCCAACCCAGAGGCACCUUGCGAAUUCUCGAGUUGAUCCGCAAGCAUGAUCUUGACGCGGUGAUCGGAGUCAACAACGUCGGCAAUGCCUUCACGCCCUGGGGUCCGCCAGACCCGUUGUUCCUCGCUUGCUUAGGGGUGGGAGUUUAUCAAGCUGGGACGCAGGCCGAUGCUGAACUCCUGUAUGAAUGUGUCUCCACGCGUGCCCGGGCGGCAAUCGGAGUGUCGGCAUCCAAUCCGGGAAUUACUUUGAAAGUGGGUGGCGAGCCGGAUCUUCUAUUAUUUCGCGAUCGGGACGAUACUGGGUGUGGGGUUCCCCGGCCACGCACCAGCGUUGCUGAGAUUGUAUGGGAUCCUCCCGAGCGAUUGAACCGAGAUGUAGUUUGCAACGGACGGCUGAAGAGCUCCGGGACUCACACUAGUCCUGAUCCUAUGUAUCAGUUUUCAGAAUAG